AUGGGGGCCGAUAAUCCGAAUGAAGCCCUACAAAGCAUCAGAUCUGUCAUCACUGUCAUGAAUAAUCUGAAUGAUCCUCGAGUACGUCCUCCUAUGGUUGACACCUCAAAUGAAAUCCGCAGGGAGUGGAGCCUAGUAGACCAGCAGUGGGUCGCCGAUGGAAACGAGGCAGUCUAUGUCCAGGAUUGGUGGGAUCAAUGGUUCCAAGACCGGCUUCGGCAUAUUGGAACAACGAAUACCAAUUGGGCCCUUAGCCAUAUAGCUGACAUGAGACGGCUGUGGGCAGUGAGGACGGGAUCCGAUGUCACAACUACUAUCGAGACUCUGGAUAAGUUGAAGGCGGAUGCGACGGAUAUGAAGAUUGACAUGGAUGAUCUGGAUUGA